GACCGUGGCUGAGCUGAAGCCCUCAGAGUUAACUUUUUAAUCCCGGGUUUGUCGCGUUAUCGCACACAAGAGGAGGAGGCGGAGGAGGUCGGGGAGAGAAAAGGGGCUAACAAGUCAGUCAUGGUAUGAGGUUAGCGUGAAAGCCGGAGCGUCUUUCUUGCAACUAAAGCCCGUAGAUAUUUAACUGAGAGGAGGAGAAGAAGACGAACAAGAAAAAGAAGAAGAAGAGGGAGAAAGGGGAAAGGGAAGCCCGGGAGAAGCGAGAGAAAAGCGGGGUACAAGAUGCAGCCGGCCGCGGUGCUGUGGGGCUCCCUGGUAACUUUGCUGCUCAGCCAGACUCCAGGAGUUCAGGGCAGCGCUGAGUGUUCGUGUGGGAGGAACCACUUCACAUGUGCGGUCAGUGCGUUUGGGGAGUGUACCUGCAUCCCGGCCCAGUGGCAGUGUGACGGAGAUAACGACUGCGGGGACCACAGCGACGAGGACGGAUGCAUGCUUCCCACCUGCUCGCCGCUAGACUUCCACUGCGACAACGGCAAAUGUAUCCGUCGCUCCUGGGUGUGUGACGGAGACAACGACUGCGAGGACGACUCAGACGAGCAGGACUGCCCUCCCAGGGAGUGCGAGGAGGAUGAGUUUCACUGCCAAAAUGGCUACUGUAUUCGCAGCCUCUGGCACUGUGACGGAGACAACGAUUGCGGCGACAACAGUGAUGAACAGUGUGACAUGCGCAAAUGUUCGGACAAGGAGUUCCGCUGCACUGAUGGCAGUUGCAUUGCUGAGCACUGGUACUGUGACGGAGACACGGACUGCAAGGACGGAUCAGAUGAGGAAAACUGUCCCUCAGAUGUGAUGGCAGCCACCUGCAGCGUGGAGGAGUUCCAGUGUGCAUACGGCCGCUGUAUCCUGGACAUCUACCACUGUGACGGAGACGACGACUGUGGGGACUGGUCAGACGAGUCGGACUGCUCUUCCCACCAGCCGUGCAGAUCAGUUGAAUUCAUGUGCAGCAGCGGGAUGUGCAUCAACGCCGGCUGGAGAUGUGACGGCGAAUAUGACUGUGACGACCAAUCAGACGAGAAGAACUGCACCACGUCCAUGUGCACGGCCGAACAGUUCCGCUGUGGAACCGGACGCUGCGUCCGGUUGUCAUGGAGAUGUGAUGGUGAGGACGACUGCUCCGACCACAGCGAUGAAGAGGGCUGUGAGAAAACUGAGAGUCCUCCAUGUGCUCCUGAUCAGUUCCAAUGUGGGAAUGGCCGCUGUAUUGGUCAGAGGAAGGUGUGUAACGAGGUCAACGACUGCGGAGAUGGGACUGACGAACACCCACACCAUGACUGCCGUCCGCGCUCCAGCGAGGGCAACUGUAACCAGAAUAACGGAGGCUGCUCCCAGAAGUGUCAGAUGGUCAGAGGACUGGUCCAGUGCACCUGUCACACUGGAUACAGACUGAUGGACGACGGCAAAGCCUGCCAAGAUGUGGACGAGUGUGCUGAAGAAGGCUACUGCAGCCAGGGCUGUACCAACACGGAGGGGGGGUUCCAGUGCUGGUGCGUUCAGGGCUAUGAGCUCCGACCUGACAAGCGCAGCUGCAAAGCUCUAGGUCCAGAGCCGGUGCUGCUGUUUGCCAACCGUAUCGACAUCCGUCAGGUUUUACCGCAUCGCUCCGAAUACACCCUGCUGCUCAACAACCUGGAAAAUGCCAUCGCCCUGGACUUCCACCACAGCCUCGAGUUAGUCUUCUGGUCAGAUGUGACGCUGGACCGCAUCAUGAAGGCCAACCUGAACGGCUCCAAUGUGGAGGAGGUUGUGUCCACCGGUCUGGAGAGCCCAGGUGGACUGGCCAUAGACUGGAUCCAUGACAAAUUGUACUGGACGGACUCAGGGACAUCUCGUAUCGAGGUGGCGAACCUGGACGGGACGCAUCGCAAGGUGCUGCUGUGGCAGAACAUGGAGAAGCCCCGAGCCAUUGCACUGCACCCCAUAGAGGGUAAGAUCUACUGGACAGACUGGGGCAAUACACCUCGCAUCGAGUAUGCCAACAUGGACGGCUCCAACAGGCGGGUCAUCGCGGACACACACCUGUUCUGGCCCAACGGCCUCACCAUCGAUUACGCCGGUCGCAGAAUGUACUGGGUGGAUGCCAAGCACCACGUCAUCGAGAGGGCCGACCUGGAUGGGCGCAACCGCAAGGCCGUCAUCAGCCACGGCCUGCCACACCCAUUUGCCAUCACAGUUUUUGAGGACAGCCUCUACUGGACCGACUGGCACACCAAGAGCAUCAACAGUGCUAAUAAAUUCACCGGCAAGAACCAGGAGAUUAUCCGCAACAAGCUGCACUUCCCCAUGGACAUCCACACCCUGCACCCCCAGAGGCAGCCUGCAGGUGGCAGGAACCGCUGUGGCACCAACAACGGAGGCUGCAGCCACCUGUGUCUUCCCAGCAACAAGACGUUCACCUGUGCCUGUCCCACCGGCUUCAAGAAGGUGGACCACUUCAACUGUGCUGACGGUCUUGACAAGUUCCUGCUUUUUGCCCGAAGGACGGACAUCCGACGAGUCAGCUUCGACACAGAGGACAUGUCCGAUGAUGUCAUCCCUCUGGCUGACGUGCGCAAUGCCGUGGCGCUGGACUGGGAUGCCAAAGACGGCUACAUCUACUGGACAGAUGUCACCACCGACUCCAUCAACAGAGCGCUGUGGAGCGGCGCCAAGCAGGAGGUGGUGGUGGACACCAGUUUGGAAAGCCCAGCAGGUUUGGCGAUUGACUGGGUGACCAGCAAGCUCUACUGGACCGAUGCUGGUACGGAUCGUAUCGAAGUUUCUAAUGCAGAUGGCAGCAUGAGGACUGUCCUAAUAUGGGAGAACCUGGACCGGCCCAGGGACAUUGUUGUUGACCCGAUCGGAGGUUUCAUGUACUGGACCGACUGGGGUGCCAACCCAAAGAUUGAGCGAGCAGGAAUGGACGCCUCCAGUCGUAUUGUCAUCAUCUCAUCCAAUCUGACGUGGCCAAAUGGGCUCGCCAUUGACUACGAGACCAAACGCCUUUACUGGGCCGAUGCUGGCAUGAAGACCAUUGAAUUUGGCAACUUUGAUGGUUCUGACCGACAGGUUUUAAUUGGCAGCCAGCUACCUCACCCCUUUGGCUUGACCGUACACGAGGACAAGCUGUACUGGACAGACUGGCAGUCAAAGAGCAUCCAGAGUGCUGACAAGCUCACCGGCCUGGGCCGACAAACACUGGCUGAAAACCUGGAGAAUCUCAUGGACAUUCACAUGUUCCACCGACUACGUGAGACGGUGCAUAACCCGUGUUUGAUGAAUAAUGGAGGCUGCAGCCACCUGUGUCUCCUGGCUCCUGCUCCCAAAGCCUCCAGCUGUGCCUGUCCCACCGGGAUCAACCUGCAGACUGAUGGAAAGACCUGCACGCCUGGGAUGAGCAGCUUCCUGGUCUUUGCACGGAGGACAGACAUCAGGAUGGUUUCUUUGGAUAUCCCCUAUUUUGCUGAUGUCGUUCUGGCCGUCAAUAGCUCAAUGAAAAACACCAUUGCCAUCGGGGUCGACCCCAAAGAAGGAAAAGUCUAUUGGUCUGACAGCACGCUGAAGAAAAUCAGCAGAGCCAACAUCGACGGAAAAGCACAUGAAGACAUCAUAUCUACAGGCUUGAUGACAACUGAUGGCCUGGCGGUGGAUGCCGUUGGCAGGAAGAUCUACUGGACAGACACCGGGACCAACCGCAUUGAGGUUGCCAACCUGGACGGCUCCAUGAGGAAAGUCCUCGUCUGGCAAAACCUGGACAGCCCUCGGGCCAUCGCCCUCUACCACGAGAUGGGUUAUUUAUACUGGACGGACUGGGGAGAGCAUGCUAAGCUGGAGCGCUCAUCGAUGGAUGGAUCAGAUCGUGUGGUCCUCAUCAGCAACAACCUGGGAUGGCCCAACGGCCUGGCCAUAGACAUGGCUGGCUCACAGUUACUGUGGGCCGAUGCUCAUACUGAGCGUAUCGAGUGCGCCGAUCUAAAUGGACAGAAUCGUCGCACCCUUGUGACUCCGGUCCAGCACCCGUAUGGUUUAACCCUGCUGGGGUCCCACAUCUACUGGACCGACUGGCAGAGCCGCAGCAUCCAGCGAGCUGACAAGAACACUGGGACCAACACCAUCACGGUACGAGCCAACCUGCCAGGCCUAAUGGACAUCCAAGCUGUGGACAGGGAGAGGCCACUGGGUUUUAAUAAGUGUGGCAGGAGGAAUGGAGGCUGCACUCACCUGUGCCUGCCUCGUCCCAACGGUACAUCCUGCGCCUGUCCCACUGGCAUCCUGCUCAAGGGAGACGCCAGGUCAUGUGACGACUCCCCAGAGUCGUACCUGCUCUUCUCCAACCGUGUCAGUGUUCGCAGAAUCUCCCUGGACACCAACGACCACACCGACGUGCAUGUGGCUGUGCCCGAGCUGCAUAACGUCAUCUCACUGGAUUAUGACAGCGUGGACGGAAAACUUUACUACACUGAUGUCACCCUGGAUGUCAUAAGGCGUGCCAACCUGGACGGCAGUGGCAUGGAGACGGUGAUCAGCCAGGGCCUGAAGACCACAGAUGGGCUGGCUGUCGACUGGGUGGCCAGGAACAUGUACUGGACGGACACCGGGCGCAACACCAUUGAGGUGGCCCGCCUGGAUGGAACGAGUCGCAAAGUCCUCGUCAAUAACAGUUUGGAUGAACCACGAGCCAUCGCAGUGUUCCCGAGCAAAGGGUUCCUGUUCUGGACCGACUGGGGUCACAUUGCAAAGAUUGAGCGAUCUCACCUGGACGGCUCGGACCGAAAGGUUCUGAUCAACACCGACCUGGGCUGGCCCAACGGCCUCACCUUAGACUACGAUACACGAAGGAUCUUCUGGGUGGACGCCCACUUGGACAGAAUUGAGAGCUCAGAUCUGAACGGGAAACUGCGUCAGAUCCUCGUCAGCCCCGUGUCCCACCCGUUCGCCCUCACACAGUUGAAGCCGGUGUCCUCCCCUCUAACCCCUUUCUCCCGACUCUCGCAGCAAGACCGCUGGAUCUACUGGACGGACUGGCAGACUAAGUCCAUUCAGCGGGUGGACAAACACACCGGCCGUAACAAGGAAACUGUGCUGGCCAACGUGGAGGGCCUCAUGGACAUUAUAGUGGUAUCCCCUCACAGACAGACGGGUACCAACCUCUGUGGGGUAAAUAAUGGUGGCUGCACUCACCUCUGCUUCGCCAAGACCAACAGCUUCGUGUGCGCCUGCCCAGAUGAACCAGACAGGCGACCCUGCUCCACCAUUUCAGGUUACAUCCCCACUGCUCCUACAAGAGGAACCAGCAGCACUCCAGUCCCCAACAAGAUCCCCAAAGCUCCAACAGACACUCCACACAGAGGACCGGUCAACUGCACUGACAAGAACGUAAACGAGCAAGGCUGCUUGAGCAGCGUGGUGACGGCUCCUCAUGGAGAAGGACUUCAUAUCAGCUAUGUGAUUGGUGGAGUCCUGACCAUCCUGGCAAUUCUGAUCCUCAUCGCUGCGUUGAUUAUUUACAGACAUAAGAAGUCAAAGUUUGCCGACCCAGGAGUGAGCAACCUGACCUACAGUAACCCCUCGUAUCGGACGUCCACACAAGAGGUCAAGAUCGAGGCGUCGCAGAAGCCUCCAAUAUACAACCAGCUCCGAUAUAAGAAAGAGGGUGGAGUGGACGGAGGCUACACCAAGGAGAAGAUCCGCAUUGUGGAGGGUGUGUGUCUUCUGUCCAAUGAGGAGCUUUACUGGGACGACCUAAAACAGAUCAAGCCGUCUCGAGGCGGACUGCACACCUGCAUGCGUACAGACACCGUGUCCCUGCAGGCCAGCAGUGCUUCACUAGAUGACGGUGAAACGGAGCAGCUCCUCCAGGAGGAGGCGUCCGAAUGCUCCUCUAUAACCACCCUGACCCCUUCAGCCAUCACCCCGCAGCGUCACGCCCAGCACAGCCUGCCCGACACCGGCUGGGCCUCCACGCGCAAGCCCUCCACCGAGAGCGAAGUGUGAGGGAGGCCCCCUGCCCUCCGCGCUUUAUCUCAACCUCUAUUACCUGAUACACACCUGUAUUUAUUGCCGGUACAAACACACAAAGAGAAAUAGGUACACACACAGUAACAGUUGCAUUCAUAGAGUAGUGGUACAUAUGAACCUGGUUAGACAAAGCUACUAUAAACACAACUCCUAUAUCUCAGCUGGGGCUCCGUCCUACUUGUGUACACACACUUACACAUACACACUUACACACACACACACACACACACACACACACACACACACACACACAGUACAGUCCUCCAACAGUACCCUCAGUGCUACUGCCUUUAGGCAAAAUCAUAAACUAAUGAGCAUGUUGGAAUAAGAAAGCAAAGGACUCUGGGGAGGAAGCGAACAGAGAGACACGAGCGUUAUCUGGAGCCUUUUUAAAGGAUGCAGACUCUAAAUUCAACAAACGCUUCUCUGUACAACUUCAACUUUAUUUUUUGUGAACUUUUUUUUCCAUGUUGGACGAAGCUAAAACGACAUACUCCCUGGACAACGUAACCACAGCACUCUCUCUAAUGCCACUCAUGUCUUUAUGAACUCUAUUUAUGAACGUUUUUGUACUUGUGGAGUGGGUUUGCUGACUUUCAGAGAACGGCGAGAGUGUUGUGUUUGAACUUUGCGCAGCAGGACCCAGGUUUUCAAGAGUUGUAUUUAUGACAGUGCCAAAGGGUGGGGCUUCACAGAGUCUCCAUGCUUCUUUCUGCAUUUACACUUCAAUAGAAUUGUAUCUUAAUUACAGGAUGUUUGUUUCGACUUAACGGACUUGCCCUCACUGGUGGAAGACCUCAAUGAUGACACCACCUGCUUGUGAUUCCUUAUUUUACAGCCUCCUAUAGGUCAAGCCAGGACUUACUGUAGUCCAUUCAUCGUUUUUUUUUUUUUUUUUUUUUUUUGUAAGUCAACCAUUGCUGAUUCUCUGGCAUAGCAGAGGAAGCCACAAUGAAGUAAUAGCCUAAGUGCCAAACAUGUUGUUCUUUUUGCUCCUUUCAGCUCUAUAUUUAUUUUUCUCAGAGGUUUUAAAAAUGUUCAUGACAUUCGUUUUACUUGGGUUUGGUCACCCAAAUCACAGAAAAGCAUAUUUUCUCAGACAUGUACCACUAGGGCUACUCAGCCAUGCAGAUAGUUGUGGUUUUAUUUGCCCAGGGUGUGGAUAUAUGUCUCUGGGAUUUCUUCUGCCCCAAAAUACUGGGGUUUUUCCUUGGAACGGCUCCCUCAAUCCAAUCUGUCGUCGAGUGUCUCUUUCAUUGUUCCUGGGCUUUACUGUCCAGGGGAAUGAUUAUCUACAACAGCACUUACUUUUCGAAAUUUGAAGCUCUUUGAUUUCAACAACAAUUCAUGUUUUACUUGUGAAAAUCAAAAAGCUUUCUUGCAUUUACUUAAGUGUUGGAUUUUGUGUAUUAUUCAGUGUCAUCCCCAAUGUUCCUGUUUGAUUGAUAUCCGCCCACAAUGGCUUAAGGGGAAAUUAUUUUUUUUAGAUAUUAAAAAAAUGGAAGCACCGCUAGAAACAAAGGACAUUGGAUGCACAAUGGUAUUUCAGUGUUAAAAAAAUGAAUCCCUGUUUUAUCAAACUAUGUAAACUGAACAAGAUAAAUGUUGAGAUGGAUUAUGUUAUAGGGUUCAAUUUUUAGAUGUCUGCCUCGCUAUGUGUACAAAAACUUGGGAUGCAAUGGCUGCAACAUAAUACUUGAAGGCAACUAUGUCCGUCAAGGUAAGAUUUCUUGUCUUUGCCAGUGACAGACUCAGACUUUUCUUCUGGAGUGUCUAACCACAUUACAGAAGGACCCCUACAGAGUUUUUGUUGCCUUUUUGAUCAACAGUAAAAUCUUUCUCUUGUAACCAGAAGCUGCAGAUAUGUCGCUCAGGACAAAUCCACCAGACUCUGUUUAUAGAAACAGUCAAUUUAUCAUCAUAAACCCUUUAUGAACAUCAUAAAAUGUUAAAAUAUUCUGGCUCUGCAAUGCCAUUUUCAGAUCUAUGUGGGUCAGUUUAGGGUUUAUUGGAGUUAUUGCUGUUUGUUAGAACAGUGGAAAGACAAACCAAGACAGUUUUUGGAUGAAGAGUUUUUCUUUUACAAUGACAAAAUGGCUGUUUCUUUAAAUGGAGUCUGGUGGAUUUGGCAGUGGGGACACGGUGACUGUUUCUGGGUAAUCAAAAAGGAUUCCACAGGUUCAUCUCUGCAGUGAUCCUUUUGACAUGGUUGUCAGACACUUAGAAAUAACAAUCUAAGCCUGUCAAUGACAAAAACAUUUUUACUGGAUGUACUCUGAUGGUCAAAUUCGCCUAAAACAAUUGUGUAACAGCCAUCACCAAGCCAAAACUAUAUACUGGACCAAUUCCAGAAGUUGUUGUACCUAUUAGUCAUUUAGACACACAAUAUGUGUACAUAGAAUUCCCCUUUAAUUAGACUGUCUUUCUUCUGGAAAAAAAAAAAAAAAAAAUCACAGAAGUUCAAGUGUCUUUUCAGAGUCGACUAUAUCAAAAACUUGGCACAUACGACCAGGAGUAUCUGCGUGGCCGAACACUUGUAGAGGUAAAUGAGAACAUUUGUUCUUUAUUUAAUCUGAGUUUAAACUCUAAAUCUGUAAUGCAAAUGUGUACUGGCAGCGUCUGCCACAGUACAGUAUAACAAAUGGGUAAUUUAGGAACACUGUGCAUGUCUGACCCCAUCAGACUGUGAGGGUUAUAGUUUAGAAAUAUAUCACUGACAACUUACUGAAAAAAGAGUUUAAUACAAGUAAAGAUAUUAUGCAUUGCUUUAACUUUAGAGUGCCAUUCUGUCUGUCGUUGAAAUAUGGUACGAGAAAAUACUAUAUUGCUAUAUUGAAAAAUAUAUCGGUUAGACUUUACAGAACCAUGUAUUUUGAAGUAUCUGCUACAAGCUCAGCAACUUGCUGAUUUGCUGCUAGACGAAGCACUGAGGCCAAUGAAAGAGGGUCUUGGCAGCUACAUAACUACGGUCUCUGACGGUUGGUUGACAGUAGGCCUACAGAGCAUCACAGUGACCCAGUAACCAAUCACCCUGGCUCACAGUCCCUCCAACUCUGCUGCAGGAAUGCUAGAACUGUACAGAUUUUAUCAUGAGGAUAUAAGCAAACAUUUCUGUUGAAGAUAUUGCGUUGAUUAAGUUGUAUAGUCUUUUGUACAAAGGGAUUUCAUGACCGUUUUUAGACUUGUAUUAAUUUUACUCACUGGAGAAGAACAUUUUUCUUUUUUGUUUGUUUUUUUUGUUUUGUUUUGUUUUUGCUGGAUUAUUUUAACCACUGUGUUUCCAAGCCUUGUAAAUGAUAGGGAAGAUGCCAGUUAUUUAAUAGUGCUCUUUUAUCUUAUGAAAUACUGGUCGCGUAUAGCUGUUGUAAAGUUAACAAAAAGAGGUAUUUAUGAUUUCUGUUUGGUUGUCACUUGAUGUGUAAAUAUGAAAAGACUGUAUAUGUAUUUCCAUGGCAGUACUAACAAGCUGUGUUGUGUGAUAUAGUGAAUUAUCCCUUUGCUAUCUUUUAAUAUAAAAUUGCAUUUGCAUUUCAAUGAAA